AUGUCUUCCUCUUCAGAACUGAGCGACAUCGACUCGCCGACGAUGCUACUCUCUCCGAAUCUAACCCCGACUCGCUCCGUGUCCCGCUCCGUGUCCGAGGGUCCACUUCGGCGUUCAGCAUCGGAGCCAUGCUUCGGACCAAUCACUCCUGCGACGAGCCAACAAUCGGUCGAACCUGCGGAACAAAAAGCUGGUGACUGCAGAGAAGAGUCGAUUGACGACGCGAUCGAUCAAGUCCCUUUUAGUCUCGCUCGAAUGGUGAUCAACAUGCAAGGAUACUACGCGUCGGAGCUCGAAGCUGAAAGACAAAGGACCGAUGAACUCACCCGACAAAACGAGGAGAUGAUGGCAAAGAUGGCCGAGAUGGAUAAAAGACUUCAGAUGCAUGUUGUCCUCAUGGAUGGAUUUGUCGGGUUCAUGAGAGAGGUCAAACAAGGACAAUUCGCUGUUGCGGAGCUGGAGAUUGCGAAACAGUUUGGAGGUGUUCAUUUAGAUGAAGUCAAAGGGCUCGUUUCUGAUACCUGCGAACCUGUCGAACAAAGCGUGGAGCAACUGAUCCUAAGCGAAGACAUUCCUGACCCGAGCGAUGAACAAAGAACAGUUCGCUUUACAGAGGAACCAACGCCCUUUGACAGCGCAAUCUUUGAUCAAUUACCGCCUACGCCGGAUGUGGAGACACCUCCUGUGAGGAGCACUGGGCGACGAGCGCCGAAACGAAAGAAUCCUCCUAUGAGGCUGCAUAGGGAAGUGAAGCGACGGACGAGAGCGGAUGUGAGAAGUGUUAGGUUGAGGCAUACUUCGUGGAGGGCUAUCAAUAAUGGAUAUGAUGAGGAGUCUGGGGAUGAACACAGGGGAGAUACCAAUGAUCGAGACUAUGAUCCUGAACCUGAGGUUCAAGAUGAAGAUGAGAGCGAGGAGGAAGAACACCAAGAGCAAGAGCCAGAAGGUACAUCGCCCUCACCACCGCCGUCAGAAGAAGACGACGCCGACGCCGAAAAACCCCGAUACACCGUCUCCCGCUCCACAGCCCCCCGAUUCACUUCUGGCCCAUCCGGUCCUCGCUUCAAAUACCACCGCAUGCCCAAGACAGUCGCACUAGUAUGGCAAGAAUGGAAGCACGGCAGUAACGGGAACCCAGCAAUUGAAGAACUCGAGAAUAAAUACAACACUUCGUGGCGGAUGGGGACAUUGCAGGAAAGAAAGUAUGCGAGCAAUUAUGUCGGUGUUAGACAAAAGAUUGUGAGAAAGGUAGAGGAAAUGUGUGAGGUUGAGGGAAUGAGUGUGAGGCAGGCGUGUGAGGUUUUGGAUAAGAGAGUUGAUGGGAGGAUGCAGCUUUUGAUGACGGUUUUGAGGAAGGGGGAGGAUCCGUUGCUUGUUAUUCCGAGGAGGAGGUGA